AUGGCAUACUUGAAUUGCGCAAUCAUCAACAAGUAUCACCUUAAAGAGAUCGGAAUUUGGCCAGAAAGAAACGAAAACCACAUCAAAGCAUUGUUUAAGACACCAUUACUUCCAGAUCAAACCAAAGGAUGCUGGGAAGAAGGUUACAAGAAAGAAACACCAUAUAUUUGGUACCAAAUCUUGUUCAAGUACAUGAACAAAGAUCCAACAUGGGUUGAUCUUGUUAAACGCGAAGACAAACAAAAUCCAAAACUUUUGAAAGCUCUUUUAAACGAAGAAAAGCUUGAAGGAAAUGUUCGUGAUCCUAUGAGCAAAGACCAAGCAGUUUUAGUUUCAAACACAUUACUUUCACCAGUCAUCAUCCGUGUUCCAGGCUUUUUGGGAGAUUUGUACAAAGUUGUUCGUAAUCGACCAAUCAACACUCGUGCUCCUAAGAACAUUGCAGCAUUACUUUACGGCAUUGAUGAAUUAGAUCCACAAUGGAAAUCAAAGUCAGAGAAAUGUCUUAACGAAGCACGUGAAUUGAUGCGAAAUCGUAAAUUCAAACAAGCAAUUUCGAAACUUUCAGAAGCAAAGACAUAUUACAACAGAAGCAUUUAUCCAUCAAUGCACAUUGAAAAGUCAGGAAUUCCAUUCGCUAUUCUCUCUAAUCGUGCACAGUCUGCAUUCCAAGUUGGUCGAUACGAUCUUGCACAUCUUGAUGCACGAAUUGCACUUUCUCUUAAUCCGAAGAUUCCUCACAUCUACAAGAUUCUUCCAUCAAUUGCAGAUAAAUACCAUUGUCCAAAAUCUAAAGAGUAUCUGUCAGAAAUUGCAUCACAGGCCACACAAGAACACACAGACGAAGAGUGGGAAGAACUUGCAAAGAAAGCAAUCGGCCGACUUGGCAUGAAAGCACUUAUUGGAGAACGAGUUGGCUUUUCAACACAAUUAAUCGAAAGAGAAACAAAGCGUGUUUUAGAAGACAUGUUUGAACCAAUUUCAUUCAAACCAAACGAAUUCGAACUCCUUCCAUGGCUGACCGAGACAGAUAUUGAACAAGGAGUUAUUUAA